AUGAUGGCUGUGCAGAUGACAUAGUUAUAGAGAAGUACCUGGUUGUAUCCAAGGAGUCUGCAUCCCAUGUUCAGCUUGCCUGCAGUAGGCAACAUUGUGCUUUCCCUUUGGAUGGAAAUGAACUUUGUGUAUACAAUACUUCCGGUCCUGCAUACCAGCUUCUUACUCUAAGAGGACACUCUCAUCCAAUUACUGCUGUGGCAUUUGGCAACAUAGAGAAUGCACCUCUCAUAUGUUCUGCAUCCCAAGAUUGUGUUAUUUUGUGGAACCUGGAUAAAUGCAGAGAGAAUGUUCUUCAAGGCCAAUCUCCUUGUGGGACUACCAUUGGGACUUGUCUAGGAAAGGUGUUGUGUUUGAGGUUCACUCCAGAUGAUCAUGCUAUAGCUGUGUGUGCCGGGAAUAGAAUCUUCAUGCUGGAUGUGGAGAGUCAGUCUGUGCUGGCUGAGCUGGAGGGCCACUUGGGCCCAGUGACUGCAGCUGAGUUUUGUCCCUGGCAAGCUGGCAUCAUCAUCUCAGUGUCUGAAGAUAGGACCUUUAAGGUCUGGAACCAUCACGUGGGAUCCUUGAUCUACACUUCAUCAGUGCUCACAGCGUACCCUCUCCUGAGCCUGCUUGUUGAUGGAGUGAGUCGGCAGCUUGUCACCGGGGGAGCUGAUGGCCAGCUUUGGGUCUUCAGUUUGCUUGAAGGGCAUCAUUACCGUUGUGUGAUACGUGUUGACCUCAGGAAAAUGAGAGAGAACUUCAGCAGGAGGGUAGGGUCACAGCUUGGCAUCCCAUCAGACAGUCCGUUUUCCCCAGUAGAGGACCGAGGAGGGUCAGGAGGAGCAUCAGGAAGCGUGGAUGUGUCACUGCCUGUGCUGGGACUGGCGCCCUGUGACCUCUCCAGCAUCCUGGAUUCUGAUUCCUCACCUGAGAAGACCAGCUGUGUGUGGGCUGGGAGCUCUACUGGUUUAUUCAUAUUCAACCUGGCCAACUUCGAACUGGAAGCCGUUUUACAUUACAAGGAGUGUCGGCAGCUGACCAUUCAGGUAUCUGGCUCGUGUGCUGUGAGGAGCGGAGGCAGCAGUGGCCAGGCCUUCUGCCUCCUCUCAUCCCUGUUUGGCAACAAGAUCGCCAUGCUGGAAAUUGGCGUCAGAGCCCUGGUCAGGGCUCAGCAGAGGCCUGUACUGGAGCGGGGUCUCUCCGUUGUGGCCAGUACCCAUGUCUCACCGGCCUCUCCUCUGUAUCUGGUUAAGGCUGAGGAGAGCACCACUAAGCUGCCUGCCUUAACCCAGCGAGGCCCUGCAGCCUGGUUCUCCGUGCUGCUGCCCAGCCCCUGUCAGCCAGCGCCGUCCUGGGCCAGCGUGCAGUGGGAGAGGCUCAGCAUGUUGCUUAUAGUUCACUUGGCUUUUGAUGGGAACAUGACUUUAGGUCAUCAGAUUUGA